AAACAAGAUAGUUCCAUGGACAACUUGGAGAAACAGCUGAUUUGUCCCAUAUGCCUGGAAAUGUUUACAAAGCCUGUGGUUAUCCUACCCUGCCAGCACAACCUCUGCAGAAAAUGUGCCAAUGAUAUUUUCCAGGCAUCAAAUCCAUACCUUCCAACAAGAGGAGGCUCAUUGACAUCUGGUGGCCGCUUCCGAUGCCCUUCCUGCAGACACGAGGUGGUUCUAGACAGACAUGGUGUUUACGGGCUGCAGAGGAACCUGCUGGUUGAGAACAUCAUUGACAUGUUCAAGCAGGAGUCCAGCAGCAAGCCAGCGCCAGAGAGAAAGGAAGAAACACCCAUGUGUGAUGUUCACGAGGACGAAAAGAUCAACAUCUACUGUGUGACCCAUGGUGUGCCCACAUGCUCUAUGUGUAAGGUAUUCGGAGCUCACAAAGACUGCGAGGUGGCAGCCAUCACCAGCAUCUACCAGACAAAGAAGACAGAGCUGAGUGACGGGAUCGCCAUGAUGGUUGGUAACAACGACAGGAUGCAAGGCAUCGUUAGUCAGCUCGAGGAAGCCUGUCGUGUCAUAGAGGAGAAUGGUCGGAGGCAGAAGACGCUAGUGUGUGAGAAGUUUGACCAGCUGUACUCCAUCCUGGAGGAUAAGAAGAGGCAGAUGAGCCAGAAGGUGACGGCCGAACAGGAAGAGAAGGUGAACUAUGUCCGAGGCCUGACCCGGCAGUACGGAGACCAUCUGGAGGAGAGCUGUAAGAUUGUGGAGAAGGGGAUCCAGACUAUGGAGGAACCGGAAAUGGCUUUAUUUCUACAGAACGCAAGGCCUCUCCUGAAAAAGAUUGCAGAAGCAUCCAGCACAGCACACUUGGAAAAAGUUGAGCGCGGCUAUGAGAAUAUGGAUCAUUACAACAUUGAGUUCAAGAAAGAGUGCAAGGCCCUGCGCAGCAUUGACUUCAUCCAAGAUGAUGAAGACGAGGAUGAAGAGGAUGAGGAUGGAGAAGCAGGCACUGAGGAAGAAGAUGUGGCCCAGACUGUUUUGGGAGGCACUGUCUCCAUCCAACCUUCUGCCCCCCAGCAGAUUAACUCAUCCCCAAGCGCAGCCAAGAGUGUUGCCUCGACCUAGCUGUCAACCGCUGGCCCCAGCCAACACCCAAACCUGGAGCAGGAUAGGUUUUGCUCCUAGAUGUUGAUUUCAGGUCAGUUGUGAUACUUUUUCUCCCAGAUCGGGGAACAGAUAGACGGAUUUAGAUCUGGGCCGAAGGGAAAGUCGGAGUUGCUGAGGUAGAUCUAAAGGAAGAGACAGAAGUUUAAAUUCUCUUCUCUCUCUUUCGUUGUGAUUGUGUAUCACUGCAUACUGACUGAUCUUUUUUUGUGUCUGAUAAAAUACACAUUCUGGUUCCUCCUUUAGUUGUUUUUUUUUAACAUACAUAAAGACAGACAGGUCAUGGGUGUCUAUUGGUUAUUUCCAGAAUUCAGAGGUGCUCACAGAUUUUUAUGUAACUGACCUUUUGCGACUCACUGCUUAAACUACUAUCAUUAGGAAGCAUGAAAAGAGGCCAUCAGUUUUCCUCCCUGUCGUAUACUUUUUUAUGACCAAUAUAACUUUAUGAGUAGGGUAGUAGAGUAAAAAACUAUCACUGUGACA